AUGGCGUCCGAAGAAGGGGAGACUGCGGCCUCGCAGAAGAUGAGUUACCUCUCGCCCAUUGCGUCUCCGUUGCUGGACGGGAAGUCCCUGCGAAGGAGUUUGAAGCUUAUUCAACUCGCCGCCGACCGAGAGCGAGCUGCGCGCGGCGGAAAGCAGAGCAAGGAGGCAGAAGGCGGAAAGAAGCCGCAAGGAGGGAAGAAGGGAGUUAAGCUCUUGCGCCGCGGAGUUCACGAAGUCACAAAAUGCCUGCGGAAGGGCGUAAAGGGCAUCGUUUUCUUCGCCUCUGACGUGUUCCCCAUCGAAAUCAUCGCGCACUUACCCAUUCUCUGUGAAGAGAAAGAUGUGGUGUACGCAUACCUGUGCAGCAAGAAGACACUCGGCCACGCUUUCCGGUCCAAGCGCCCCGCGAGUGUCAUCAUGAUCACCCCCGGAGAGGAACAGCCGGAGGCCGACGGAGAAGACAGUGAAGAAAAGUUCGAAGAAGUCUACAAGAAAGUCGCGAAACUCGUCAGAAAGAGCAAUCCUUACUUCUAA